GUGUGUGUGUGUGUUGGGGAGGGGGACGGAAAAGUAGAUAACAGAUGGAUGGACUGAUAGAUACGUAAAUAUAUACGUGUGGAUUGACAGAUGGAUAAUACAUAUAUAAAUAAACAGUCUCUCUCUCUCUCUCUCUCUCUCUCUCUCUCUCUCUCUCUCUCUCUCUCUCUCUCUUGUUAAUAAAUAAUUGAUUUUCCUCAAGUGGGUUCCUCUUGCCACCUAAGAGACCUCGGUCCCUGUGCUCCAUAGCUGGCGGCUCCACUUCCUCACUGCGCCUUCAGACUUGACAGGAGAUGUGACGCAAUGGUCCCAGUGUUUGGUCCGCAUCAUGUACUGUCGACCAGGAAGUGGAAUCCCUAUGAAAAGAAGGCGGCAGUUGCGUAUUUCACCUCGAGCUGAUCCCUUGCGGCGCUCCAGAACACGACCCACGAUGUUGACACUUGCAAUGACGUCACUUGCAGAUUCCACAAUGCUACUCUCAUCUCCCGCAGUACUUCUCUCAUGUGCCUCCCCCAGCCGUGCCCUUCAUGCCGCUAUUCCCUGCUUGUCAGCGGUGCCUUCAGGGGGUGCUGGGGUGUGUUUUGAAGGGGGUCAGGGAGGUGCAAGGAAGAGGAUUGUGUCAGUGUAUGGGAAAUUCGGCAUCUUUCCCCCUUGCUUACUCUGACGUCAUCGGGCCGGUGGUGACGCACGGAGGCCCGGGAUGGAAUCGUAAUACUUUUCUCUUGUUGUUGAGGAAAUUUCUUUUUACCUUCCUCCUGAUUCCCUUCCCAUUUUGCUUUUUCUUUUUGUUAUCUGGUGCAUGCUAUUUGUGGUAUUCAUUCAUUCAUUGUUUCCUCUGAGGGAAGGAGCAUCAUGAGCAGCAAUGGUCACAAGGCAGGGUGGUGGGAGGCAGGGUUCCCGGGGCCGGCUAAGGGAGCUUAUUGAGACAAAGCAAGGUUUGCGUGAUGGGAGUGUGUUAAGGUGUGGAGUGAAGGCAACGAAAGAAAAAUUGUGGUAUGAAGACAGGGCGGCAGCGUCGUCCUUGGCCACACUGACGUAGAGUGAGGAGGGAGUUUCGCGCGCUGGGCUGGGCGGGCGCGCCUGUGCAGGACCUACGUAUUGAUUGUUCAGCGCUCAGCAUCCUUGCCAGGCACUACUCCGUGCAUCUUCACACACACUCACACGACACGCCACCACCUCAGCUCCGCCGACACCACACUCCCGACGAACCCAGACUGUGGUGGAACAACAGCUUUCGGGAGGAGGGUGGGGCCGGCCCGCCAGGAGCUUCCACGUGAGAGCCGUCAGGAGUACGACAGGCUGGAGCAUGCCCGGCAACGCUCUCCAAGUCGAGGGCGAUUUUGCAAACUGUUUCGUUCAUAUAAACAAAGAUUUCGAGUCCGUAAUCCGCAAAGGCGCGUAAAAAUCAACUCGUAAAACUGAACGGAGGUGAGAGUCAAGUUUUGUUUACUCGAACAUGAAGAACGGAGAGGAGGGAGCCGACGAUCGCCUUGCACACCGUCAUCCGCGCUGAACACUAUCACUGGGAACAACCUAAGCUUCACAGCACUCGGGUGUUCCAAGUCUGUCCUGAUGUGCGGCGGAGAGUUGGCGGUGUCGGCGAGCGGCAGACAGCAGCAGGCGCGGGUAGUGGGCAGGCCAAGGCAGUGACAAAGUGGAUGCAGGAGUCCUCACGUCUCCCCGCACCAGCACCGCGUCCGCAGCCAACACCUGCCUGCCCAGCACUACCCGCUCUGCCCAGUUUCAAGUCUCUGCCGCCAUUUUGGGCUGCCCACUGGUCCACACGAAGGAUCCUGAAGACUUUUGCGCGGGAAACUAGCCAACUGUUGCUUGUAACUUGAGGUUGGCUAUCUGUCCCGUCCCUUCUGGAACUUGUGAACCACCAGCUACGUGGGGAUCAUCGUCAUCUUGUCCGCCACACGACUCAACACGUGUGUGCUGCCUCCGCUUUUCGUGUGGCCAGACGCUGCUGCCUCCAAGCCCCGCCACCGCCACCUCGCUCACUGAGGACCGUUUUGUAAAUAAUGAUAGAGUCGUGGGCGGAUCCUCGGGUCUCCCUCCUCGUGAGUGUCACCACGCACGCCCACCACCACCACCACCACCACCACCACCGCUAUCACCGCCACCACCACGCCCCUGCACGCCCUGGCCUCGCCCCGCCGCUCCCACCAGCAGGCCCAUCUCGGCAGCUACCCUCGUUAUCACCGCUACUGGUAUUCCGCAGCACGUAUUAUAUUUACAAGUCAACUGCCUCUAGACCAAGUUCUGACUACAAACUCCUCCUCGGUGCCGCCCUCCAGAGCACCACCCAGCAACCCACAGCCCACCCGCCAUCUCGCAUCCCUCACACACUCCUGUUGAAGUUCGCAGUGGGUUCCAUAGCGUGCUAAGACCGCCUGAGUAGCGACGCAAAGGCUACAGUCCAGCUUAUAUGGUUCUUAUUGCCGCGCCCCCGUCAGGACCUUACCAGCAUCAUAGUUGCCACCACCACAACCACCAUCUCCGCUCUCCCGCCACCCUGCCUUGCCCUUCACGCCUCGUCUUGCGCCUCACGUAGCAGCUAUAGAUCCUCGCGACUUGUGUGUGUGUUGCAAUGACGAUUAUUAACUGUUAAAUUGAUAAGAAAGCACGAUUUGUAUAUGCUGGUGAAAGAGGAAGAACUUUAUCCAUUGCCGUAAAUAAAUAUUCGUAAGUUGUAUUAUUGACUUCAGCAGCCUCGUGCAUAAGUACCACCGCCACUCAGGCACAGCGGGGAGAGAGGCGCGAAAUGAUCCAGUGACAUUUACCGCCACGAUUAAAAACUUGUGAACGUUUAUCGAGAUUGACUACCGAUCGAUAUCCGUGAUCGCAGGGCAGUCCUCGUCUCGCCACCCACCAAGCGCAAGUGGAUGUUAACUGAUGAAUUAGGCAGUAAAUUCAGUGUUAAUUCAACUUCCUCACCAACCCUUUACCUGUCAGCCCCUCAUACCUGUGCCUAGUCACCUCCUCCCCUCCCAAGCCCAGCCAAUACUCCUGCCUGCCGCCCACGCCUGUCUCUCCCCGCCCUCAUUUCCCUGACAUGAGUGGGCGGUAAGAGUCGUGUGCUGUUUAUGACAUCACGACAAACCUAAACUGACGGGAGCAAGAUCUUAUUUGCUGGGGGUUGAUGCUUUCCUGACGCAACACCUCCCUCCAACCCAACCCCAACCUGCCCCGCCCCGCCCUGCCCUGCUCCGCCCCGCUCCGCCCCGCCCUGUCCAACACCCCAGAAACACCGGUGUGGAACCAUUUUCUCCCCCACGUCACAAACGCACACUCACUCACACACACACACACACACACACACACACACACCAUGACAAUAGUAUUUCUUUUUGCCUAAUCUGAAACUAAAUUUUCCUGUACAAGUCCUUACACAUUUUCAAAGGUUCAUUUAUCUGUCUUAUGGUUAUUGAGUGACCACCAAAUUGCUCAUUGUGUUGCUGACUCCUCCCUUCAUUCUUCAGACCAUAUUAUCUGACUGACGUUCAUACUUGAUGCUCCAUUCUUCAGUAACGUUAGACUGAAACCCACACCGCCAGUUUAGUUCUGAUCUGGUGGUUUCGAGAUAUAAUUUUUCCUUUAAUACUCGCCGCUGUCAGACUCACGGCCAUCUAAACUGUGUCAUUGCCCACUACUGACCUCCACCUCCCACAAUCCCCCUUGACCCCUGCCCAUACACAGCCCACACAACCCACGGCAAUCUCACCGCCACAGUCCUGACCUACGCUGUGCCAGAGUGGGAACAUCACUUUCACUCAGCAUGCUGUAGUAAUUUCCUAUUCCUGUAACACUCGAGGCUGCGAUACAAGAUAGUCGAACUCACCGGGCAGUUCGCGAGGUGCACUUGCAGGUGGUGGGUGGCGUGGUGAGUGAGAGGCGUCAUUGUCGCCGCCAGCAAGCAGUGUUCGGGCCGUAAGUCGCCGGGUGCCCCUGGCCGUGUUCUGGGCUGCUGCAGGAACCGUGUGUCACUCGAUGCGCCAAACCAAACACGUCCCGCGCAUGCCAGGAGUCGUCUGCGCAUGUUGAAGGGUGCGCCUAUUCCGCCUCCCGACCUGCAACGCACUCACCAUACUCACGGGAUCGCAGGGCCAGAAUCAGCGGCAGCAUCGCCUCAGCAGUGGUCAGGCGGCCGGCGGCUGCAGCACUAUCCACCCCGGGGCCUCCAUACCACUGACGGCAGCAGCAGCAGCAACAUCAGGAGCAGGAGCAAGGGUGCGGGGCAGCAGCGUGCAGAACACUCCCUUCGUGACGCCAUGAAGACACAAGUGGUACAAAAAGGUGCCCACGCGUUUCGUCUUCCUUUCCAAUCCCGCGACCUAUGACUGUCCUCACCUGGAUGUCAGCACACCUCAGCUGACACUCCUUCUGGACGGCUGACUGUGCCAAACUGAACUUCACGUACUAUAACAAGACGACAAAUACGAAGCUGAAGAAACUGAAACCGAGGCGUGAAAGUUGCUUCAGAGUGUUCUUCCAGGCGGCGUGAGUCCAGGGGUCCAGGGCAGCGUGACAGACAGCCUUGGCGCCACGGACAGGAUCAAACCCCACAGACGUUGACAGUUAACUCCUCCGAUUGAAAGCAGUAUUACUAGUAUCCAAGUGCCAAAACGAGAGAAACUGUUGAUCGAAUUUAAAGUCUUCUGUAUCAGUUAGUCGUGGUGUGUGUGAUGAGGAUAGAAGUGCUACGAGGGAAUAAGGGUACUCAGACUAGUAGUAUUAGUUCACCAGUAGUAUAGCACCGGUGUUGUCGGACGAGGCACUGACGUUGAACGCUGCACUGUUACUGUUAACCUCUGAUAAGCUACGUUAGUGGCGUCAACCGGUAACGAAACAAACCACUGCUCACCCGAAUCAAGAGGCGCAUCACCUUAUCAGUAUUGCCAUCGUCUUCCUGAGUCUCGCCGCGGCACACCAGCACAGCAAGACCAGCCACGCGCCAUGCACAGACCACUCCACGCUAGGGGAUCAAACUUGUCUUCCACCUAACAUUCACAAGGCGCUUCUAAUACCCUUGACGUAGCCUCUUGCACUCCCGCCCCCUCCAGCCGGGCAGAGGAGACACACGAGGACUGCACAUAAGAGUCUGGUCAAACGUGAGACCUUUAUAAGGGGUCUUAGCUGCCUCGCGACUGCCGUGAAGAGGUGAUAGAGGCUAAAUGAAGUCUGCAUGUCACGUGGUGUGUGAAAAUAGAGGUUUUAACUAUUGAAAAAAAAAAACUUUGAUUAUAUUGUGAAGGAAGAAAAGUACCUAACUGUUUGUCACGUAAAACAAGCGCAUUAUUAGUUUUGCAAGAAUGACUGAAUUUUUCUGAGGCAAAACGUUAUUGGAAAGAAAAGAAAAACAAUAAACUGUCAGAAAAGGUCAGCAGACGGGAACAAGUGAAGAUCAUAAAACAAAACAAAAAAGGAAAGAAAAGAAUUACAAUUGGCCAAGUGACAAAAGUAUAUGCACACCAGGAAACAGAGAUCAGGACGAGCCGGUUUUAGGGCGUUAAAGUUAAAGUGGCUUCCGAGAACAGCAUGCAGUACACGAGGUUGAGGAAAGGAACGUGUUUACUACAAGGGAAACCAAAGCAGGCCUCACUAUAAGAACAGAGAUCGUCAGACGUACCUUGAAGUCACACAAGCUUGAAUCUCACACGACGAAAGACAAAAAGAAUAGAAUAUUGAGGAACACAGUAAGAGAGGGAGAGUGAGAGGGUGUAACCAAACAAAAAAUCAGGAAGUAAACAGAGAAAUAACUAGAUAUAUACAGUAAUAGAAUCAAAAGCUAAAGAAGAAAAAAAAAAAAAAUAAAGCUUAGAAGAAUCUUUAUCAAAUCACAUGUAUAAGAAUAAAAGAAAAUAUUAACGAAGAGGAAAAUAUUGUAAGAGAACACGCAAAAAUAAAAACCAAAGCGGAGAGAGAAGGAAAAAAAAAAAAAAACAGAAAAACAAAGACGUGGCAGAAACAGAUAGUGUAAAGAACAACAAAAGAAGAAGAAAAGAAGAACAACAGAAAGAAGAAACAUCAAAUAGAAAAAAAAAUAGUGCUGAAACAAUAAAAAUAAGAAUCCAAGAAGAGGAAGAAGAACAAGAAGAAAGAAGACGAAGAAGAAGAGGAAACGUGAAGCAGCGGGUGGCGGAUUUUGAGAAGCUCUCGACCACUCUCGCCGUGACAGUCAACAAUGGGGAGCAGCUGUUCGUCGUCGCAAUCUCUCAAGGACAAUGUCUCCGUCAAGAGCGAGGAUUAUGCUAUGGACACGAACAGAACCAGCUCGCAACACCCGCGGGCCAUCACCCCCGUCCCUGUCCGCGCCGUCAGCUCCUCCACCUCGGACCGGAGCUAUGACACGGACAGCUGUUUGUCGGAGAAGGGCGGGGGAGCCAAUCGACAGACCUCUCGUCCGCUCCUCUCCGUCAAGAUUCCAGAUAACGAUGGGUCUUCUCUGAGCGGGGAGACGCAUGGUAUGACCCAGGGGGAGGCCCCAGGGCCGGCUGACGUGAAGGAGUCGCCGCGCAAGACCCGCGGCGUCAUCCCGCACCUCAGCCACCUGCCUGACCUCAACAAGCUGUCUGAUGUGAUCCGCAACCUGGUGAUGGGCAACGUGGUGUACGUCAAGCCCAUCCUCAAACCCAGGAAGAUCUGCAUCUACACCUGCGCUGACUUGAAGGACACCAUCAUGGAGCGGUCAGCCUUGAUGGAGUACGUGUACCCGAAGCUGCGGCUGUACUGCAUGGAGAAGGGCUACGAGCUGAACACUGUGGACUUGCACUGGGGCAUCCCAGACGAGCACCUCAACGACCACUCCCUCAAGGAACUGUGUCUUGGCCAGCUCACCACUCAAGCCCGCGACUCCCACAUCGUGACCGUCGUGUUCCUUAAUGAGACCUUCGGAAACGCUCUCCUGCCGCGGGUGAUAGAGGGCCCAGACUUCGACCAGGGCAUUUCCAGCCUCGAGGUGGACACGGACCGGGAACUGUUCUGGAAAUGGUACCACUGGGAUGAGAACGCUCAGCCGCCUUGCUACAAACUGCAGCCCAUCAGCACCUUCUUCCCGAAUAUCAAGGAUGGGAACAGCGCGCAGCACCAGGAGGCGGUGGCGGACUGGAGCGCUGAGGUUAAGAAGAUGAUGACGCUUAUGAGGACUGUGUUUAACCAGGAGCAGAAGGAGAAGUACCUGAGCACCGUCAUGGAGCAGGAGAUCAAGCAGAGUGUGUUCAUGAACCAAGAGAGCGCCAAACACUGCCUCUGGAUCUGUCGCAAGUUCACACACUUCCCGUCACACAACAUUCCAGCUCAGGGCAAGGUGUACGUGGCGGUGGAGCCCGAAAGUAAGAAGCGACUCGAUAUCCUGCAGAGUGAGCUGAAGGAGCGUCUGGAUGAGAUUCGUAUGCUCAAGUUCCGGGUGAAGUGGCACAACUCAGGCAUGAACCCCGAGGUGCCUGAACACGCCCAGUUCGUGGAGGACCUCUGCGCUCAGAUCUCCCCCUUGCUCAUCUCCAUCAUCGACGGCAUCAUUGAGGAGGACGAAACCAAGGAGGAGCUCAAGACGUACCUGGGCAUCGAGAAGCGACUCUUCCACGAGCUGAUGCAACAGUCGCUCAUGUGUCAGUUCCGCUACAAGAACUUCCAGGGGAGACAAGACCUGCUGGCCAAGAUUAGAAGAUAUCUCAACAACGAUUCCUGCGUGCCACUCAUCAUGCACGGCGAGGUGGGGUGCGGCAAGUCGUCCCUCAUCGCCAAGGCCAUGGAGAGGUGCUGCGAGUGGCUGGUGGACGUGCCCCUCGUCGUCAGGUUCGUGGGCCUCACCCCCGGGUCGUCCACAGCGGAGCAGGUGCUGAGGUCCAUCGCUGAGCAGUGCUGUGCCCUCUUCGGGGAGCAUCCCGCCGAGGCUGCCAAGGGCGUGCGCCACAUGUCGUCCUUCCUGAUGCACGUGUGGUCCAAGGCGUGCAAGGUGCGGCCGUUGGUCAUCAUGAUUGACGGCAUCGACCAGGUGAAGAGCUACGGGUCCACCUCGCUGGAGUGGGUGCCCCGGGAGCUGCCGGAGAACGUGAAGCUCAUCAUGACUGUGCGGGACGACUCGGAGCAGAUGAGACUCCUGCAGAGCAUCAUCGAGGACCGCGCCUGCUUCCUGAAGAUCCCCCCGAUGACGCUGGACGAAGGCUACAGUAAGUUCGAGGGAAUCCUGAAGGCGCACCAUCGUAGCGUGAACAAAGAACAGCGGGACCUCGUCAGCAAAUACAUUCAAGAGUGUCCAUUGCCGCUCUACGUGGAGAUUUUGGGUCGCAUGGCGUGUCACUGGACGGGCGCCGAGUCACAGCUGCCCCUCAAAUCCACCUUGAUGGAGCAGAUCAGCAUGGUGUUUGACGAGCUGGAGGAGACGUACGGGAAGGUGGAGGUCUCGCACACCCUGGGUUACCUGACGGCUGCCAAACACGGGCUUUCCGAUUCAGAGAUGAUUGAUAUCCUCUCCUGCGACGAGGCUGUGCUUGAGAAGGUGUUCGUUCACUACAUUCCUCCAGUGCGCCGGUGCCCCUCGUUGCUGUGGGUUCAGAUCUCAAAGCAACUGCAGCCGUUCCUCAUGAAGACCAUCGUGGCGGGGAUCUGUCUCUUCACCUGGCGCCACGAGAGCUUCAGGGACGCUGCCCGGGCCCGCUACCUGGACACACCUGACCAGAUAAACAUGUGCUGCACCGCCCUCAUUGAUUACUUCCAGAGCAAGUGGGCGAACGGCGUGAAGAAACCGAUGACGGGAAGUGAGGAGGGCACGGAGGAGGGCAAGGAGCGGUACGUGCUGGACCAACCCACCAAGUACCGCGGCAGCAACAUGUCCAAGAUCUCAGUGCAGCCUGUGUUCAGCCGCCACAACCGCCGCAAGCUGGAUGAACUGCCCUACCAGGUGCUUCAACUUCGGGGUCGCAUCCUGGAGGAGUUUGUGCUCAACUUCGACUGGGUGUACGAGAAACUGUGCGGAUCAGAUACGUACCAGGUGCUUGAGGACGUGUCUCUCGCCCUCACCAACCACGCCAACAACAUCGAACUGGUGCUGCUGAAGGAGGUGCUGGAGCUGGCCGCUUAUGCCCUGGGCUAUGACGGUCGCCAGUUCUACUCUCAGGUGUACGGGCGGCUGGCUACUCUGAUGAAGGAGCCCAAGAACCACGAAACCUACCCGAUCAUCCACAAGCUUUACGACAGAGCUGCCCACGCCCCCGUCCCGUGCCUGCUACCCCUCACCGUCUGCCUGCACGAGCCCUUCCAGGACCAAAACAUGAAGCUUGGCGACGGGCAGGUGUACUUCAACGCUCUGAUCCGGGCGCGCCACAACCCCCACUAUGUGAUCACGCUGUCCACUGAGCGCGGAGAGAUCGCCGUGUGGAACAUCUUCACCAUGACGCCUGUGCGAACCCUCACCGGCAUCACCCAGCCCCGUAAACUGAAGAUGAUCGACGACUACCGGUGUCUGGUGCUGUGCGGGCGGGAGCUGAGGAUCUACAACUUCGACGAGGGCCUCUUUGUGAUGAAGCUGCGCGAGGUGAUGAAUCAGAAGAUGCCUUACUUCGGCCUCCACGACAAGGAUCACGUGGUGGCGCUCUCCCGCUCCCGCAUGUACGUCAAUAUGAUGAAUCUGCAGAACGGGGACUGUGUGGCGACUUUCAAGGUGGGCGAGGACAGGUUCCUCAACAGCUUGAUGGUGUCCGAGAACGGGAAGAUCUGCGUGUGUGGAGACGAGACCCAGAAGCCGUCUGCGCUGCUCGUGUGGGACCUGGAACUGCGCAAGCUGAUGUACGACCUGCGCAUUCCCCACCACGAGUUCAUCACCCGCCACGCAGCCAUCACCAAGGAGGGCCAUUACGUCUCCUGCGUGUGUCGCGAGGUGGAUGAGCCGGCGCCUAACUUCAUCGUGGUGUACGACCUGCAGAGCGGCACACUCUUUAAGAAGUGGAAGCCCGGCGUCAACAUCAUUUCCAUCGCCAUUUCCUCCGCCGGGAGCUGCGUCAUCGUGGGCCUCGAGGACUCCAAGCUCAUGGCCUACGACCUCAUCACAGGUAAUCCUCGCUGGACGCUGAAGGGCCACACGGCGCCCCCCACAACCAUCCGCCUGGACAACCGUGGCCUACAGUGCCUCACCUAUGACGCCUUGGGCAGGGACCGCUCCGUCAGGGUGUGGGACAUUCACACUGGUAAUAGUCUGGCAGUGCUCACGCCAGACCAAGCCAUCACUGCCUGCGAGAUCUCUAGUGACGGCAAGGCUGUGGUGAUGGCGCUGGAGGGGCGGAAUGAGAUCGUUACCUUCUUGUUGUGUCACCAGAAGGGCGUCGACGGGCACGCCUCCCCGAAGUCUUACGGCAACGACACCAACAGAGGCAAAGUGUUUGACCUGAGUCAAGCAGGCACGUGGCCCAUGUCUGGUGAUACUGAGGAGAACAUGCUGUGGAGCUAAGUGUGCCGCGGCCUCGCCUCUGCAUGUUGCUGCCUUUGCACGGCUCCGCUUCAUCUUCCUCCUACUCCUCGGCCUCCUCGGGGAAGUUUCAGCGUCUUGCCUCCGAUAGGAAUAUUAAGAGUUUGCGUUUUAUGAUAAGGUUUUGUAUUUAGAUUAAUGUUGGUUUUAUUAUUAUUAUUAUUAUUAUUAUUAUUAUUAUUAUUAUUAUUAUUAUUAUUAUUGUACUAUUCAUAUAUUUUCCUGUGUGCAAAUAAUUCACCAAUAUCUGAUUAAGUGUUCGAUAUUUUCUUUCAUUGUUUCAUGAAGACUAUAAUUAAGAUGGUAUACUUAUCAUUUAUUUAUUCAUUUAUUCAUUCAUCUAUCUAUCUGCAUUUAUUCAUUCGUCCGCCUAAUUAUGCUAAGCUGCUGUCUGCAUGAGGAAAGAGAUGCGUGGGAAUGCUCGUGAUGUGCCAUGAGUCGAGUUAUGCAAGAGAACAAGUUUCUAAAUAGCACAAUGAUCCCCUGUGCUCGCCCUUCCGACCCCGCCUUCACCUGUACAGUGCUGGUACACGGCCCCCUUUGAGUGUAGUUCACCUCAGGCUCCAGGGUGCUCUGUAGGAACACUCAUCACACCCCUCGCAGUCUGUCCGGAGUAGUAAUGUGAUGGGUGAGCUCCUCCUGAACUCCUUCCGCUUCCUUGUUCUUUUACGAUGCUUGUCACUGAAGAAGAAUCACUGUCACUUCCCACUUGCCCUCCAUGGCACGAUUAGCGCAUUGAACAGAAGAGAAUGGCCAAGAACAACAAUUUACUGGUAAAAAAAAAAAAGCCUGCUGUUGUUCUAGUUCCUAAAGAAGAGCCAAAAUGCCUAGCCAAAAUAAGAAAAGUGUUUUGAGACUUUCCUCUAUAAGUCAUAAGAAGAGGAAAAUACAGAAGCAGUAUAGGAAUGGUUAUAGAAGUCGUAGGAAAAGAAAAAAAGAUUGGGAGUGGGUAACUUAAGUCAUAGGAAAAGGAAGAUACAUUAGCAAGUAGGAAAUGGGUAAUUCAAGCCGUAGGAAAGGGAAGUACAGAAGCAGGUUACUCAUUCGUAGUGGUGCCUGAGUGGAAGUUGUGCUUUUCCUCGAAGAUCGGAAUUUGCUAUGCGUAUAGUAAUGGUUAAGGCUACAAGUUCCCUCAGUACCUACAGUUGUUGAGGAGCAGAAUUAGUUUUUGUUUGUCUCUCAAUACGUAAAAAAAAAGAAAGUAAACUAAAUAAAUAGAUUCCUAAAUUUGGUGUCUGGGUGCUCGCCUCCAAAUUCUCUACUACUACUACUACUACUACUACUACUACUACUACUACUACUACUACUACUACUACUACUACUACUACUACUACUACUACUACUACUACUACAGCAACCAGCCAUAUGACUCCUUCCCUAGAACAAUCUCCAGUGACGUGCAUCGGAAUGUGAGGGCGGGGCUUGUCCUCUGAUGAACCAGUGACAAACAAUAAGGAGUAAGAAGGAGCCUAUCCGUCAAUUUAGCCUGAAGAGACUCCAUACACGUCAUUUCGAUGUUUCACCUCUUCUGUUUUUGUAUAUCCAUACUAUAUAUAACAUGCCAUGGUAGGCUGUAUUAUUUUAACUCAAGGGAUAUUUUACGUUCGUUGGUAUAAGGUAAGUACUCCAUGAAAAUAAGGCUGAUACUAUUUAAGUACUACGGACAUACCUUGUGUCAGAGAGUAAUAGUAAGUACACGAGGCAUGAACACGAUAUGUCUCCUGCGUGUGGCUCAUUCCUGUACCGGUAGCUCCGUGCACCUCAGUGUUGCUGCCUUGACCCUGCCAGCUCCUCGCAGUCUUACCUAGAGUGCGCACCUCAACCAGUCUGACUUAGUUCACUCUGUAGAUAUUUUAUGUUAAUUAAAAAGAAAAUCCUGCCA